GGAAUUCCACGGCAGCUAUAAAACACCUGGAGCGCUUACCUGCCCACAGUGACUUUCACACUACAGUAAGACUGUUGAAGUUAACAUGGGCACAGAGUCAGAAGAUAACUCCGUCGUCAAAGAGGGGUUUUUGGUGAAAAGGGGUCACGUGGUUCAUAACUGGAGAGUUCGUUGGUUUGUGCUUAAACUUGACAGACUUGUGUAUUAUAAAUAUGAGAGUGGCAAACGGGAUUCUUGCCAUCGAGGGACGAUACCGCUAAACAACUGCAAAAUCACCUGUCCUUACCUGGAGUACGAGAACAGGCCGCUGGUGCUGAAGUUGCAGACCAGCACUUCAGAGGAGCACUUCCUUGAGGCUUGCACGAGGGAAGAGCGUGAUGAAUGGGCUACAGCAAUUGGUGCAGCAGUAAAGAAUCUCAACCCAAAUGAUGCACAGACCCCGUCCCCAUCUCAAAAUAAAAGUCCCAAAUCUCUCCAGCUUCACAAUGUCAACCUCAGUCAGGUGGUGGACUCCAUGUAUGAUGUGCACACUGGUAUUCGGCUGUGCAGUCAUGUUGAGCAGGGCAGCUCUUACACCAACUGUUUCUCAGGCUCAGCAGUGGUGGAUUGGCUGGUUUGUAAUAAGAUGGCUCUGACCCGUGUGGAGGCGGUAACAUUAGCCUCCACGCUCCUUGACGAGGGCUCCUUGCGGCCCAUCGGGAUAAGGAGUGCAGAUGCUCUCCGCAGUGCAGCUCUAGGAGAGCAGUUCCUUGAUGACUCCACUGCACUCUACAGCAUUUCUCAGAGCUUCCAGAAGCGAGGUAGUGUGAAAGCAGAGAAGUCUCUGUCUGCGGUGGAGCUCAGUGGCAAGGUGGUGAAGAGGGGAUACCUGUUCAAACAGGGGCACAAGGUGAAGAACUGGAAGGUGAGAUUGUUUGUGCUGAGGGCGGAGCCUGGCUUUUUGCACUACUACGACCCCAGCAAGGAUGACAUCACUCCAGUUGGCGGGAUAUCUCUGCGUGGCUGUCUGGUGUCUGCCCUGGAUGAUAACGGCAUUCCAACAGGUGUUAAAGGUAAAGUGCAGGGGAACCUCUUUAAAAUUAUCACUCAGACGGAUACCCACUAUUACAUCCAGGCCCCAACACAUAAGGAGAGGAUGGACUGGAUCCAAGCUAUUAGACUAGUGACUUGAAAGAAAGACUAAUUAUUUAUGUAUUGCACAUUUAAAAAUCUUGUGAUGUUUUCUUAAUUGCAAACUGUACCAUUAAAGGGAUAGUUCACCCAAAAAUGAAAAUUCUCUCAUCAUUUACUCACCAUCAUGCCAUCCCAGAUGUGUAUGAUUUUCUUUCUUCUGCAGAACACAAACUAAGAUUUCCAGAAGAAUAUUCAGCUCUGUAGGUCCAUACAAUGCAAGUGAAUGGUGACCAAAACUUUGACCCUCCAAAAAGCAUUUAAAGGCAGCAUAAAAUUAAUCCAUAUGACUCCAGUGGUUUAAAAUAUGUUUUCUGAAGUGAUCCAAUUGGUUUUGGGUCAGAACAGACCACAAUAUAACUCCUUUUUUCAUUAUAAAUCUUCCCUUUCACUUUCAGAAUGUGAAAGUGGAAGUAUAUAGUAAAAAGGAUUUAAUAUUAAUCUGUUUCUCACCCAAAGCAAUUAUAUCGCUAUAGAAGACAUUAACCACUAGAUUUGUGUGGAUUACUUUUAUGUGGCCUUAUUUGCUUUUUGGAGUGUCAAAGUUCUGGUCACCAUUCACUUGCAUUGUACAGAGCUGAGAUAUUCUUCUAAAAAUCAUACACAAGAAGAAAGUCAUACACAUCUGGGAUGGCAUGAGGGUGAGUAAAUGAUGAGCAAAUUUUCAUUUUUGGGUGAAGAUUUUUCAAUUAAGGCUAGUUUUCUCAGCGCAGAUGAAGCCUUAUCCUAGUCAGCAAAUAUAUGUUCAUAUAGAAUACAAUUUCAAAACGAGACCAGGCUUUUUCUUUGUAAUGUUGGGUUGUAUGUUUUAAUGUCCCUGUCUCUAAGUGCUGAAGGUUACCUUUGAGCGAUUUAUGUUCGAUCUAUUAGAAUAUAUGGAUGAAAAUGUUCAGUUUAUACAUUCAGUGAAUGUAACUGUGAAAGAGUUAAUGCUGUUUUCAGUUUAUUGUCAAAUUCUUUCUUUUGUUAUGUUAAAUUUCAUACAAUAAAGGUUUUAUUUGAAUAAUUA